AUGUUUUCUUCAAGUAGCAGUUUCAAUCCCUUUCAAUACGAAAACCCUACCAUGAUAGCAAGCACUUUAGCUGACCCAGAAAACCCUAGCUCAAUAGAAGACUAUUCUCCAACGUCGUUCUUGCAGCACUUCCCUGAUCUCUUUCUCGAUGAUGAUGAUUUGCUGGUAGGUGAGCUCUUAUCACAACAACAGCAGCAGCAGCAGCAGCCGGGAGUUUUUGGGUCUAAUACUCAUGUUUUGGCAGUUGAGACUCAGGAGAUUAACCCAGUAGCUUCAAACGAUGAAAGUACAAGAAAGUUCACUAAUAGCAAGAUGAAAGGUAAUGUUAAUACUUCAAAGCAGCCAAUUCGUCAACGGCGAACAGGGAAGAAGGACAGGCAUAGUAAGAUCCAUACUGCUCAAGGGCCGAGAGACCGAAGGAUGAGGUUAUCACUUCAAAUUGCCAGAAAGUUCUUUGAUCUCCAAGACAUGCUCGGCUUCGAUAAAGCAAGCAAAACUAUCGAGUGGCUAUUUACAAAAUCAAAGGCCGCGAUCAAGGAGCUCACAGAUACUGUUCCAAAAGUGAGAAAAUGCAGUAGUACUAGUGCUGGCAAGAGUGUUUCUUCCACUUCUGAGAGUGAAGUUGUAUCAGGUAUCAAGCUGACACCUGACACUAAUGGAGACAGGAGAGUGAUGGAGGCAAAGAGUGACUCAUUAGUGAGCAAACCUAAAGAGAAAAGGAGCAAAAAAGUGCACAAACCAGUUUUUAAUCCUGUUGAUAGAGAUUCUAGGGAGAAAGCAAGAGCAAGGGCAAGGGAUCGAACAAGAGAGAAAAUGAAGAACAAAGGCAUAAACAAGUCAAGUCAGUCUUCUCAAGCAAACCCUGACAAUUUGGAAAAGUUUGGGUACUCUAGUACCCUCGAAUAUGGUGAAAAUUUGGCUUCUGGACGCCAAGAAAUUAAUUCUUCUGUGAAGGUAGUUGAUGAAGAAGAAGAAUCCAACAAUCAUCAUCACUUGCUGCCACAUCAAAUGGAUCAUGUCAGCAUCAUUGACAAAUUUUUUGGGAUCACAAAUUCACCAAGAUCAUCUUCGAUUUUCGAUUUUUCUGAGAGUGUUGAGGUUCCAAGUGGGGCUACUUUGAAGGAUGAGUUUUCAGGGUUUCCUCUGAAGUGGGACGUGACAAAUGGUAGAGUCCAGUAUAAAUAUAAUGCACUGCCAAACAUGAAGCUACCAUCAGGUAAUGUUCAAGCACAAAACCCUAAUGCAAAUUUCAUGACCACCCCGCAUGCCCUAGAACCAAACUUAAGUACAAUGAUCAUGACAACAUUAAACGCCCAUGUUGAGGAAAGCCCUAAUUCAGCUUUCAUGAACAUGCCAAAUCCCAAUGAGCAAAAUCCCAUUUCAAUUCUCAAGACCACCACCACAAUUGACAAUGGAAACCAAUUCUCCUCCAGUCACAUUUUUGCCAGAGACUAUGAUCGCUUAUAUUGA